UUGCACAGUGAGUGAUGGCGUUUUUAUCUCCUGAUGAUGAUGCACAGCCUUCAGCGGGGGGCAUUUAAGACGCAGAACACCGGGUCCAGGCUGCAGCUGCGGGACUCAGAGGCGAAGCUUGAGGGGCUCAGGAAGGACGAAUAACCACCGUUGAGAGAAGAGGCAGCAGCAGCGGCGGCAGCAGCGGCGGCAGCGACCCCACCACUGCCACAUUUGCCAGGAAACAAUGCUGCUAGCGACAUUCAAGCUGUGCGCCGGGAGCUCCUACAGACACAUGCGCAACAUGAAGGGGCUGAGGCAACAGGCUGUGAUGGCCAUCGGCCAGGAGCUGAACCGGAGGGCCCUGGGGGGCCCCACCCCUAGCACGUGGAUUAACCAGGUUCGGCGGCGGAGCUCUCUGCUCGGUUCUCGGCUGGAAGAGACUCUCUACAGUGACCAGGAGCUGGCCUAUCUCCAGCAGGGGGAGGAGGCCAUGCAGAAGGCCCUGGGCAUCCUUAGCAACCAGGAGGGCUGGAAGAAGGAGAGUCAACAGGACAAUGGGGACAAAGUGAUGAGUAAAGUGGUCCCAGAUGUGGGCAAGGUGUUUCGGCUGGAGGUUGUGGUGGACCAGCCCAUGGAAAGGCUCUACGAAGAGCUCGUGGAGCGCAUGGAAGCAAUGGGGGAGUGGAACCCCAGUGUCAAGGAGAUCAAGGUCCUGCAGAAGAUCGGAAAAGACACAUUCAUUACUCACGAGCUGGCUGCAGAGGCAGCAGGAAACCUGGUGGGGCCCCGUGACUUUGUGAGCGUGCGCUGUGCCAAGCGCCGAGGCUCCACCUGUGUGCUGGCUGGCAUGGCCACAGACUUCGGGAACAUGCCUGAGCAGAAGGGUGUCAUCAGGGCGGAGCACGGUCCCACUUGCAUGGUGCUUCACCCGUUGGCUGGAAGUCCCUCUAAGACCAAACUUACGUGGCUACUCAGCAUCGACCUCAAGGGGUGGCUGCCCAAGAGCAUCAUCAACCAGGUCCUGUCCCAGACCCAGGUGGAUUUUGCCAACCACCUGCGCAAGCGCCUGGAGUCCCGCCCUGUCUGUGAAGCCAGGUGUUGAAGACCAGCCUGCUGUUCCCAACUGUGCCCAGCUGCACUGGUACGCACACUCAUCAGGAGAAUCCCUACUGGAAGCCUGCAAGUCUAAGAUCUCCAUCUGGCGACAGUGGGAUGGGUGGGGUUCGUGUUUAGAGUAUGACACUAGGAUUCAGAUUGGUGAAAGUUUUUAGUACCAAGAAAACAGGGAUGAGGCUCUUGGAUUAAAAGGUAACUUCAUUCACUGAUUAGCUAUGACAUGAAGGUUAAGGCCCCUAAAAUAAUUGUAAAACUUUUUUUCUGGGCCCUUACAUACCCACCUAAAACCAUCUUUAAAAUGCUAGUGGCUGAUAUGGGUGUGGGGGAUGCUAACCACAGGGCCUGAGAAAUCUUGCUUUAUGGGCUCAAGAAUGCCAUGCGCUGGCAGUACAUGUGCACAAAGCAGAAUCUCAGAGGGUCUCCUGCAGCCCUCCGCUCCUCCCGGCCGCUGCACAGCAACACCACAGAACAAGCAGCGCCGCACAGUGGGUGCCUUCCAGAAAUAUAGUCCAAGCUUUCUCUGUGGAAAAAGACAAAACUCAUUAGUAGACAGGUUUCCCUAUUGCUUUCAUAGGCACCAGUCAGAAUAAAGAAUCAUAAUUCACACAAAACAUCAGUCUGUGUUUUAAUAUUGUACUGUUAAAAAAAAUCUAUGCAGCUGGGCGCGGUGGCUCACGCCUGUAAUCCCAGCAUUUUGGGAGGCUGAGGUGGGCGGAUCACAAGGUCAGGAGAUCGAGACCAUCCUGGCCAACAUGGUGAAACCCCGUCUCUACUAAAAUACAAACAAUUAGCUGGGUGUGGUGACGCACACCUGUAGUCGUAGCUACUUGGGAGGCUGAGGCAGGGGAAUCACUUGAACCCGGGAGGCACAGGUUGUAGUGCGCCGAGAUUGUGCCACUGCGCUCCAGCGUGGGCGACAGAGUGAGACUGUCUCAAAAAAAAAAAAAAAAAUCUAUGCUAGUAGAUUACAACUUCACACUAGAGGAGUUCUGGACAAAGCUUUUAAUUAGUCAAACUAAAUUAAGGCUCAUUAAAAGGAAAGGAACUACUGGGAAAUUAUGCAAUUCAAUAAUUUAGACUCUGUUACCAGGAUCUUUCAUAAAAAUUUAAUUUCCAUAAGCAUAACCUAAAUGAGUUCUUAAAGAAUUCUAUACGCAAUAGCUGAUUAAUGGGCCCUGGAAGAUGAAGAUUAUAACUGUUUAUUUACCUAAUUAAAAGGAAAGGCAGUGCCAAAUAUGAGACAAUAAACAAUAUUAGUUAA